AUGUACAUAUAUAUUUAUAUAUAUUAUUUCAUUAUUCCAUCUAACGAUAUGGUGAGAUUCAAAGCUCGCUACCUCGUAUUUCAAAUUUUCUAUGAAAACCAGCUUGUAUCAAACUUAACAGAUACAAUCAAAUUAAAAAAAACAUUUAUUUCAUGCAGUAAACCACCUGACAAAACAACUAUAAUAUUAAAGCCUUCUGAUUUAUCAAAUAUUAUUAAAGAGCACGUUCAUUUAAAUUUUGGCGAAUGGGGACACGGUUUAGUUGCAACAAGUUUAAGCAUCAAAUAUUAUUCUCCAGCAACGUGCAUAGGUAUUCUUCGUAUUGCACGUCAACAUUAUCGGCUUGUUUGGGCAGCGUUAACACUGGUGAAAAUGAUACAUAAUCAACAUGUAAUUAUACGUGUUUUACGGGUUAAUGGUACAAUGAAAAGUGCAGAAAUGUAUUUGAUUGAACAUAAUCGCAAUCUGCUAGUACAACAUAAAGUAAAUGUAGUAGGGCUAUAAAUGAUAUAAAAAUGGAAUAUAUACAUAUAAUGUAACGUGUAUACAGCGCAUUUAAUUCA